CAACGCUCCUGCUUAAUGUAUAUAAAGGUUGGUGCCUCGACCGCUGCUCGAGGCAGAUCGUCAUCAGACAUGUUCGCGAAAAUCAUCCUAACACUCUCGGUCCUGGCCUGGGCCAGCGCCCAGAUUCCUAAUCUGGGUUUUUGUCCAGAAUAUAUACCCAUGGCGAACUUUAACAUGCAAAGGUUUAUGGGUGUUUGGUACGAAGCCGAAAGAUAUUUCCAACUUAGCGAAGUGGUGUCUCGAUGCGUCAUGACAAAUUAUACGAGAGGGAGCGAUGGCAAAUAUCGUGUAAUUAAUCAAGUUACCAAUCGUUUCACCGGUAUAAAGAGGAUACUAGAGGGCGAAAUUAAGCCUCCGGCUUCCAAGGCCGAGGAGGGUAAACUUCAGGUUAAAUAUACUACAAUUCCACUGACGCCCGAGACUAAGUACUCGGUACUUGAGACGGAUUAUGACUCGUACGCCGUUUUAUGGAGCUGUCAAGGUAUCGGUCCGGUUCACGCGCAGAAUGCAUGGGUCAUGACGAGAGAGCGAAUACCGUCUGGAAAGGUGCUUCAACAGGCUUAUGGUGUUCUUGACAAAUACAAGAUAUCGAAAACGUUCUUCGUGAAAACCGAUCAAUCGGAAUGCGCCUACUUGGACGCACCGCCCACGGAAGAGCCCGAGAAGGCGGAAGCCACGGAGAAGCCCGUUGCAGCCCCUGCGCAGAAGCGAAAACAAAAACCAGCCGAAUCGAAUGAAAGCAGAUCAGCUAUCUCGCUGAAUGAUGCCGAGACCGAGAUAAAGGAAGAGGAAGCAGAAGCUGGGAUUACGGGCGAGAACGCGCCGUCCGAUAUCCCGAAGAUAAUAGCGGAGGAAUCCGUGAAGCUCGAGCAGCCCGUCGACACUGUUCCCGAACGGAUUUUGAAGAUAGCCGAGGCGAUAAAGGGGGAGAGCGGCGACACCAGGGAUAAAAUGAUCAUCGUUGAGGUCAAGGAGGAGAAUGUCGCGGAAAAUCCAAAGGAGGAGAAAAGCGAGAAUCCAAAGGAGACAAAAACGACUGCCUAGAAAUAACGUUUAAUUUAAAAAAAGUCUGUUAGUUGACGCUGGCAGGGACAUAUUCAUGGGGAUUUUCGACGUCUUAGGCUCGUAGCGGUUUUCUUAGAACCAGUCUCGCUUAAGUACCGCAAAAUCAUUAAUCAUUGUUCCGUAGACACGUCGUCGUCGUCGUCGUCGUCGUCGUCGUCGUCGUUGUGACUCGAGGAUAUGGGGUUAGCACGGCGCUUUGUUUUAUAGGCUUACGUACAAAUAGUAAAAAAAAAAAAUAAAUAAAAGAAACAAAGAGAAAUAAAAUUGUUAUAAAAAAUAUCUUAAUAAAAUGUUUAUUUGUUUAUUUUUUAUUUCCAUAUCACUGUGCGGAUGUAAUUGUGGACGAAAUAAAUUAUUGAAUACGUAGC